GCUAGAGUAGCCGGAAGUGACGCUACCAGUAAGUGGCAAGCUAGCUUAGCAAAGAAGCCAACCAGAAAUUUUGACUCUGGAAGAGAUGGAGGCUGUGUACCACAGCAAUCAAUGACAGCUGUGUUGGUAUUCAACCGCGACUUGGAAUCAUAAAACCACUUCCAUCUCCUUCGUGACACAGGGGUCAAAGGUCAGGCUGAGUCACCAUGGAGUCCAUGCUAAACAAGCUCAAGAGCACUGUCACCAAGGUGACGGCCGACAUGACCAGCGCCGUCAUGGGCAACCCGGUGACGCGGGAAUUUGAGGUGGGCUGCCACAUCGCCAGCGGCGGGCCCGGCAUGUGCUGGAGGAUCUACAACGGAACCAAGAAGUCAACCAAACAGGAGGUGGCUGUGUUUGUGUUUGAGAAGAAGAUGGUGGAUAAGUAUCAGAAGUUUGACAAGGACCAGAUCAUUGACUCUCUGAAGAGAGGCGUGCAGCAGCUCACCAGACUGCGCCACCCUCGUCUGCUCACUGUCCAGCACCCGCUGGAGGAGUCGAGGGACUGCCUGGCGUUCUGUACAGAGCCAGUGUUUGCCAGUCUGUCCAACGUGCUGGGCCAGUGGGACAACCUGCCCAGCCCCGUGCCCACAGACAUCAAGGACUACAAGCUGUACGACGUGGAGACCAAGUAUGGCCUGUUGCAGAUCUCGGAGGGCUUGUCGUUCCUCCACAGCGGGGUGAAGAUGGUCCAUGGGAACUUGUGUCUGGAGAACGUCAUACUCAACAAGAGCGGAGCCUGGAAGAUCAUGGGCUUUGACUUCAGCAUCUCCUCCACCAACCCCUCAGACGCCGAGCCCAAGUAUUCCUGUAAGGAGUGGGAGCCCAACCUGCCUCCGCUCUGCCUGCCCAACCCAGAGUAUCUGGCCCCCGAGUACAUCCUGUCGGUGAGCUGCGACGCUGCCUCGGACAUGUACUCGCUGGGCGUGGUGAUGCAUGCCGUCUUCAACGAGGGCAAGCCUGUGUUCCAGGUCAACAAGCACGACAUCUUCAAGAGCUUCAGCCGACAGCUGGACCAGCUCAGCAGACUGAGCCCCACCAUGUUGAAUAAGAUUCCUGAGGAGGUGAGGGAGCACGUCAAGAUGCUGCUGAGUGUCACGCCCAACGUCCGGCCUGACGCUGACCAGAUGACCAAGAUCCCCUUCUUUGAUGACGUGGGGGCGGUGACGCUGGCCUACUUUGAUUCCCUCUUCCAGAGGGACAACCUGCAGAAGUCCCAGUUCUACAAAAACCUGCCCAAGGUCUUGCCCAAGCUACCCAAGAGAGUGGUGGUUUACCGUAUCCUCCCAGCCCUCACCUCAGAGUUCGUGAACCCAGACAUGGUGCCGUUCGUCCUGCCCAACGUGCUGCUGAUCGCAGAGGAGUGUACGAAGGACGAGUACGUCAGACUCAUCCUGCCGGACCUCAGCCCUGUGUUCAAGCAGCAGGAGCCUGUCCAGGCAAGCAAUAUGAUCCUGCUGAUCUUCCUGCAAAAGAUGGACCUGCUGCUGACCAAGACCCCACCAGAGGACAUUAAGAACAGCGUUCUGCCCAUGGUCUACAGAGCCCUGGAGGCGCCCUCCAUCCAGAUACAGGAGCUGUGUUUGAACAUAAUCCCCACGUUCGCCAACCUGAUCGAGUAUCCCUCCAUGAAGAACGCACUCAUCCCCCGCAUCAAGUCUGCCUGUCUACAGACCUCCUCUCUUGCAGUGAGGGUCAACUCCCUGGUGUGCCUGGGGAAGAUUCUGGAGUACCUGGACAAGUGGUAUGUCAUUGACGAGAUCCUACCCUUCCUGCAACAGAUACCCUCCAGAGAACCAGCCGUACUCAUGGGGGUUCUAGGGAUCUAUAAGUGUACCUUCUCCCAUAAGAAACUGGGCAUCCCCAAAGAGCACCUAGCCGCCAAGAGUCUGCCUCACCUAGUCUCGCUCAGUAUAGACAACAACCUCAACCUCAACCAGUUUAACUCCUUCAUGGCUGUGAUCAAAGACAUGCUGACUCGUAUGGAGGCAGAACACAAGACCAAACUGGAGCAGCUACACAGCAUGCAGGAACAACAGAGGAGUAUGAAUAUCAAUACCAGUCAGACGAACCAAUCAGAAGAGACAAAGCACACCCCCAGCCCUGGCAACCAGAUUGAUGAUGUCUUUGGAGGGAGUUCUGGGAGUGCAGGGGUUAAUGGGAAAGUGAAUGGAAGCUAUGCACCAGCUCCCCAACUCAACAGAAUGUCUCUGACUCUGGAGGAGAAGCAGCGGUUAGCCAAGGAGCAGGAACAGGCAGCCAAACUAAGAAACCAGCCAGCACUAGCCCCCCAGAGUAUCAAACCAACUACUCCUUCUACCCAGGCCAAGGACCUGACCAGCAGCCUGCUGAACAAUAUGACACCCCUGGGCAGCCUGUCCCUCACCUCUCCCCCCAGACCAGGCCCCGUCCAGGGCAGCACCAUCUCCUCCUCAGCCUACCCCUCCACCACCCCCAUGGGCUCUAUGGUCAGCAACGGUUACAACCCAACCAUGGGCUUCCAGACAGGGGGGAUGGGCAUGCGGCCCCCCGGCCUCGGCCUCUACGGAGGAAUGGCCACCACCACCAGCACCCCUAACUUUGGUGCCCUGACCCAGAACCAAGGGUGCACCAAGACCCCUGACAUGUCUGCCUUGGACUCCUUAUUCACUUCCAACAAGCCCAAAGUCGGCCUCAACCAAAUGGCUCCUCCCAAGCCCACCCCCGGGACCACCGCCAUCCCCUGGCUUAAUCAGUUUGGUUCGGCCCAGCCCAGUCAGACUGCCCCGAUGCAGGGAGCACCAUUAGCCAUGGGAGGGGUGGCCAGUGGGUUCGGGAUGCAGGCCAACCCUUUCUUCAGCCCGCAGAACUUCUCUCAGCCCACGGCCGCUCCCGGAAUGAAUGCGGAUGGUGGGCUCAGACAUAGUGCGUCUGUCAACAACGACUUGAAAGACAUAUUUGGCUGAAAACAACUUUCCCCACUUUUAAUGACGACAGACUGAUGGAAGGGGAGUUGGACUUUUGAACUGCAAACAAGAAGAAAGAAAAAUAUACUUUUUGGACCAACUGUGAAAAUGAUGAUGAAUCCACUUGAUAUUUGUUGCUAUUUGUAUUUUAAUCUGCUGUGGUUUGGGUUGCAGUGUGGUUCUUCUAAGCUCCCAUCGGACUGGACACUGAAGACCCAGCUUUUCGAUCUGCACACGGAUUCCAAACCUUCUUGAUUGGAGAGGGAGGGAAAAGACUCACGUUGUGUGCUGCUCUCAGUAAUGCUUAUGGGGAUUUCAUAUCGUUUCUUACCUGAGACACUGGGGUGAAAGGUUUAUUGUAGAAUACAUAUCUUCUCCAUAAUCCCUAUUCUAUGUGAUGGGAUGAGCAGUGGCAUAGAGAGCAGUCUUUCUCAAUCCAUUCCUUUUUAGCCCAGCACUAACACAUCUGUUAUUCAUGCUGCACAUCUCAGCAGCCUGCUAUAUCAUAUCAAUGUGGUUCCUGAGACAUUCAACACUUCUCCAGAGCGGACUGCAAAGAAACAGUACCCAAAAUUCCACUCUUGAUUCGUUGAAUCAGUUAUUAGUGCCGGUCUAAGUCUAAAAUGUGUGGGACCUUUUAGUGGGGUCCUGUUGUCGCUUUGAGGACGACAAUCCAAAAGAGCGGUAGAAUCGCCGGCUAAACCGCACGGCCGGAAAGGCCAAGUCUCCAUGGAAACGGUCUCCGCAGUAACACCCUGCUCCAUUUUGGGAUUUUUAGUACCUAUGCUUUCUGUUCUCUGCCUCGAAUGAGAUUAUGAAUACGGAUUCGACAGUGAUGUCAUAAAUGUCAAGAUUCUUAAAGUAUAAAUUAAUCCAAAUAAAACUGGAUGGAAGUGAAAAUCAAAUCAAAGUUUAUUGGUUGCGUACACAGUUUAACAGAUGUUAUAGCGGGUGCAGCGAAAUUUUACUAGCGCUUCUGAAGUCUCUACAUCUGACCUAAAGAAAGGGUAUUUUCCGAGCAGAAAUCCAAUUCAACGAACAGUUUGAAAAGGGAGGGGUUGAUUGUGUUUAGGCAAUUCGUCUGGUUAGGGAUUGCUGUCCACACAGAAUUCUGUGCGUGAAUACUGUGAGGGUGACCGUUAUAUACGGCUAUCUUCUUAAUUGAAUGAAGUAACUCACCUGUGUAUGUACUGAAUGGUUUGCUGUAAGUGAGUGAUUGGUCAAUAUAUAUACUGGGAAUUGUGAAUGAAUGUGAAGGAGUAUACGUAAAUUGGUACAUAAUGAAAUGUCAGUGCAAUCAUAAUCCAUUUAGUUUGUUUGCCCGGUGUCUGGUAACUUUAACCUUACGUGUCCCUGUCUUGUAACAGCCCCUCUUUCCUUCCAUCAUGUUACUGACCUGACCAAGAUGGGAGACCACAAACGAUUCGUUUUAUCCACUGACUGCACUGCUAAAUCAGUGAUUCUGUUGAAAUGUAGUGAAUUUAGUAAUUCAUGAUUUUAUUCCACACAUCAAACCAGGCUGCUUUCAACAAAGCAAGCAGACCAUGCAUUUUAAGUUAAUCGUUGGACAUAUCAAAUGUACUAUCAAAUGAAGGUAUAUCAGUCCUUUUUUAUAUAUAUAUAUUAUGAGUUGAGCACUUUUUCAUUAAAGGGGACCUGUCCUGCAUUGUUGAUAUAUAAAGCUAUUUAAAAUGGGAGCGCUCUUAAAGGGGCACUUGUAUUGUUGUGCUUUUGUGAUGUUGAAUGAGAGGCCUUAGAGGAGUGCUGUGUGCAAUAAUAAUCCAUGGGGGUGGAACUAAGUCUGGGGCUGCAUCUCAUUAGUAAAAAAGUAGCCUCCUUUCCUCGUACCCUUUGCUUAUCUCCUUCCCUUCAUCUGCACUGAUCUGAAAUCCCAGGAUAGGUGAAAGCCCUAUGGGCCAAAUGGGACAGGAAAGUGUCAUCUCACCUGUCCACCUGUUGCAGACUAGUGCAGGUGAAGGAAGGAGACGAGGAAAGGACGCCGUUGUAGACUUUUGAGACCAACCCCCUUGUGUGAAUCCUCACUGAAUGCUGUUUGCUGACUGGGGGACGUAGGUUUCGUUAACAGAACACAUGCUAACUUAUAUUCACAGGCCUUUGUCGGAUAGUAAAAAAUAAAAAGCUUACUGUCCAUGACUAGGUGAGCUGUCACGGAGUUGGCACAAUGAUAAUGUCAUUGGCUAGUGUAUAACAAAAAAGUGGGCCUUCUGGGUUCUAAACCUCUUUCUAUUGGACACAAGUGAUGGAGGUCUGUCCUGUUUGGGCAAAGACCUCUCUGACACCCAUCUUUCACGAAAGGUAGCCGCAAUGUUCAUGUGAUUGUAACUAUGAUGACGGAAGCUUUUUGAGGGCGAGAACUGGAUUACAUUUCCUGUCAUCGUGACUUGGACGCGAGGACAAAAAACGAAAGCCUAUUCUUCUACAAGAGUUCUGAUCCUUUGUAUACUACUGCUGUCAUAUGUGUAGUGUGGCCUCUAUGAACUUUGUAUUGUGUGGUGUUUUCUGAGGUGGUUCAAAGAAAAUCUAUACAUACA